AUGAGCUUCAUACUACGCUGCUCGUUUGUGAUCUUCGCUGCUUUUUUAAGCGCAGCUCAGUGUGCCAAUAUUUUAGCUGUGAUGACUUGUCCCAGUCCCUCGCAUUUGAUUGUGGAAAUGUCCAUGGUCAAAGUGCUGGCGGAACAUGGACACAAUGUCACUGUAGUAACUACACUCAAACCGCAUGUUACGCAUUCAAACAUAAAUCUCAUCUAUCUGCCACUCAGCGAGCAGGCGCUGCGUGAAUGGAACAAAAGCAUUGCUGACAUGUCCAAAAUGGACAACUCCGGCAUAGUGACUUCACUGUUUCGCAUGCGCAGUCAGUUGGACUAUAUGUUUAAAAUAUAUCUUGAUGCCAUGCGACAUCCGCGAGUGACAGAUCUCUACGAGAAUCCAGACAAUCAUUUCGAUCUGUUCAUUAUUGGCUACUUCAUGAACAAUUUCCAAAUGGGCAUAGCGCACAAGCUCAAAGUGCCAGUCAUCAUAGCUACAUCCAUGUUUCAAUGGGAAAUAUUUGACAGCAUCACUGGAAGUCCCACCGCUUACUCCUACGUGCCGCCAUUAGGAACAUCAAUGCCCAAAGCACAAAUUAUGAGCUUCACCAAGCGACUUACUGCUCGCAUUAAAAGCUUUUUCAUUAAGAUAUUUUGCUACCAAAUGGAAGCUGUUCUAGCCAAGUUCUACUAUCAGCUCUAUGGCAACGAUGCCAACAUGCCAGCCUACGAAGAACUCAACAAGAAUGUCUCGCUUGUAUUAUUCAACUCUCAUUCCAUAAGCGAAGGUCCCAUUAGAGCCAAUGUGCCUGGAAUAAUUGAAGUGGGUGGCAUACAAGUAAAGGAAACAGCAGAUCCCUUGCCUAAACAACUAGCAGACUUUCUGCAUAAUGCUACAGAUGGCGCUAUACUCUUAAGUUUGGGUACCAAUGUGCAAGCAGCACACAUCAAACCAAACACAGUUGAGAUGAUGUUCAAUGUGUUAUCCAAACUAAAGCAACGUGUAAUCUGGAAAUGGGAAGAUCUGAGCAAUACUCCAGGACAGGCUGAUAAUAUACUUUAUUCCAAAUGGCUGCCACAGGAUGACAUAUUAGCUCAUCCGAACAUCAAACUAUUUAUAACACAUGCUGGUCGGGGCGGCAUAACGGAGGCUACCUAUCAUGGCAAGCCAAUGUUCGCGCUGCCAGUAUUUGGCGAUCAACCUUCGAAUGCAGCUAAAAUGGUCAAAGACGGUUUUGGACUAAGCGAAAGUCUGCUUACCUUAGAGGAGCAACCCUUCCGGGAAGGUGUUCAGGAAAUUCUUAAUAAUCCUAUUUAUACGCAACGUGUUAAAGAAUUCUCCGUGCUCUUUCGCGAUCGUCCUUUGACAGCUCGACAAACUGUGCUCUAUUGGACUGAAUAUGUUCUACGUCAUCAUGGAGCAGCUCAUCUACAAAGUCCGCUGCUGCGCAUGAACUAUAUAAGUGCCAAUAAUAUCGAUGUUUAUGCUAUUUUAAUUAGCAUUCUAAUUUUGUUUAUUUUAAUAGCCAAAUUGCUGAUAACUUUUGUUUAUAGCAAAGCUUUUAGGCAAACUAAAAACACUACAAAACUUAAAAGUAAAUAA